GUUAUUUGUCUGUCAGUCAGAUGGAAAAAAACAAUGUGAAUUUGAGAGUGAGUGAUAAGUAAAAAUAUGUCUAAAUCUAAAAGUUGAUAGGCCUUCAUGAAGAGAAUUAUUGAACAAAAAAACGCGUUCAUAACUGGACUUAUGAACGACGGCGGGGGAACAAUGCCGCACAUAGAGAAGAUGCAGGCGACCACAGGGAAGGAGACAAUACAUUCUGGUCAUUUCAUGGUGUCGCACUUUGAAGCUGAGGCCCAAGAUGAUUUCGAUGAUUUGGCCGUUCCUGUACCAGAUGAGGAACAAAAUGUCCAAAAAGUGUCAGUGGUGGCGACGUACACCGUUCCAGGGUCCAAAGAACCUCCCUCCUUGUUUGAUAAAGAAGACAGUAAACAACAUCAACAGCUUUCCAUUGAGAUAUCCCUUACAAAGUUAUUUAAAUGUAUGACUUUGGCCUACAGACAAAAACUAACUUCACCUAAAUGGAAUCGUUUCAAAGGUAUAAAACUUCGGUGGAAGGACAAGAUCAGAUUGAACAACGUCAUAUGGAGGUGCUGGCACAUGCAGUUUAUUAAGAAACAAAACACACUGGUGUGCCAGUUUGCGUCGCCGUUGGAUGUGGAUACUCAUGUUAAACCAGAGACAACAAUAUUAGAGGGGAAGUACUGGAAACGUAGAGCGGAAGCAGUUAUAGCAGAAUAUAAAAAAUGGCGAAUGUUUCAUAUAAUGCGUCUCCUGGGGAAAGGGGACACCUCCGUCCAGGAUGCGAUAUCGGACAUGGACACGGUGGAGUCGUUCUCGCAGUGCAGCGACUUCGCGGCCAACAUGCUCACGGACGAGGACUACCUGACCUUCAUGAGUGACACGCUCUUCUCCACCAUCUCCAGCCACCAGCCGUUCGCGUUCCCGGACCCGAGGGAGAUCGCAAGAGGUGCCAGCUUAGCAGACUUCAUUCAACCAAGUUUAGGGCCACUUCAACCUAAUCUUGACGAUUUUAUGGACACAUUGGAGCCACUCCAAGACUUACUGUCAACUCCACGGCUGCCGCCGGUUCCGGAGGAGCCAGCUCUCCCGGCCGAAGACAACAUGUUCCGCAACAGUAUGAACGUGGACUCGUACGGGCACGGCUACGACUUGUCCGCCACGCACGCCAGCGCCACCAUCUCCCCCAGCCAGAUGACCAUUCACGGUUCACCCAAUAAUACUCAAAUGAUGUCGAUGUCUGAUCAAACUGUAAAGAAUGAGCACAUGCGGAUGUACGCCAACAACCGGUUGUUCGUACAGACGGACAUGCAGAACAACAUGGUCAACCAAGACGUCAUGCCCUACUCGUACGAGCAGAACUCGCCGCAAGCGCAAACGAGUCAGAUGCAGAACAACGUGUUCGAGUCUAAACGAGUGCAGUACACGUCUAAAGUUAUAUCACAACCGGAUCCCGCCUACAAGUAUAACGCAGUUGUGCCACCCUCUCAAACGGCACCAGAAACCGUGUCGCUACUGCAGCAACCGGUGCAAAACCAAAAGUACGCUUCCGCCAUCGUCAUUCAGGGUCGAAGCGGGUACGCUCGAGAAAAACCACGGCCGCGGCUGGCCAUGUACUCGAGCCAGCUUCCCAACAACCAAUAUACGAACUAUGGGCAGCAGAGUCCGAGCUCGCAAGUCGACAGGACCCAGUCGAGGCCGCAGCAGAUGCACUACUUACAGCCGAACCCGGUGGAAGCGUACAAAGCGAAACCGACGAACACUGUCAAUGCGCGCUCGUUCAAGAUGCCUUCGCCGCCUCUGACAAAUUCUUCGCAACAGCAGGGUACGUCAGCCGCGGGGCGGAACAAGGAUCAGUACCGCUCGCACAGUUUACCUCUGGGCGCGCAGCUCAACGCCGAUUGGUCUGUGAGCGCCCCCGCCCCCGCGCCCGCCCCCGCCCCCGCCUCCGCCCCCGCCCCCGCCCCCGCCCCCGCGCACGCGCAGACGCACGAGGCCGCCGCCGCCGCCGCGCAGAGGCACAGCGCUAGGGCACGCGAGUUGAGCACGGGCACGCUCCGCAUCCGCUCGCGCUCGUCGUCGAGCGGGCUGCUGGAGGCGCCGGGCGCGCGCCGCCCGCCGCCGCUCUGCAGCGUCGCCUCCGAGCCCGAGCUGCCGCAGGCCAGCGUCAUGCUCGCGCAGCUGCUGAGCGCGCAACACUCACAAAGUGUAUACAAACUAAACAGCCCCGCGGACGAGGGCGACCCGAAGUCCCCGCACCGGCGCGGGCAGCCGUCGCCCAUCGGCAGCGACGUCAUGUCCCCCCACCAGAGCCUUUCACCUCCCGUGUCUCCGGACGGCGAGCGCGCCGGCUCGCCCCGCGAGGCGCGCCGCACGCACAUGCACGCGGAACAGAAGCGACGCUACAACAUCAAGACCGGCUUCGACACCCUGCAGGCGCUCAUACCGCAGCUUCACGCCAACCCCGCCGCUAAGAUAAGCAAAGCUGCCAUGCUACAGAAAGGAGCUGAGUACAUUAAACAGUUGAAAGCUGAGAGAAACCAAAUAAAAGAGGAAAUGGAAAGUUUACGACAGCAAAUCGAGUGUUUGAACAAUUCCAUAUCCAACUGCCACUCGCUGCUGCCGGCCACGGGCGCGCCGGUGUCGCGCGCGCGCGCCGGGCGGCUGCGCGAGAUGUUCGCGCGGCACGUGGCCACGCGCACCAUGCACACAUGGAAGUAUUGGCUGUUUAGCGUGGUGUGCGCGGCGCUGGUGGACUCGUUCAGCGCGUGCGUGUCGUGCGGCAGCGGCGCCGACCUGGUGCGCACCACGCUGCUGUGGGCCGAGCAGCACUGCUCGCUCGUCGAGAUGCGCCCGGCGGUCCUAAACUCCCUCCGCGUGCUAUGCACCACGACCGACAUCCUGUCUUCGCCCGAGCGGCUACCGGAGGAGGCGCGCGCCGCCGCGGCCGUCAGCGCCGCCGUCAAGACCGAGCCCACAUAACGCACGGCCGGGAGGUUUGACUUUCACUUGUAGAUGCUACUUCA